UCAGCGGAAAUGGCGGAAGGUCGAAUGAAUUUGGCUGCUUUGCAGCAAAGAGAUCCGUAUAUAACGGACAUAGUUGAUACAGCGUCUCAAGUUGCCUUAUAUUCCUUUAGUUCGAAGUCAAGUGAAUGGGAAAGAACAGAAAUAGAGGGAUCAUUGUUUGUAUACAAAAGGUCAGCUUCUCCAACUCAUGGUUUCAUGAUCUUAAAUAGAUUAGGAUUGACUAAUCAGAUAGAACCAAUCACUAAAGACCUAGAGUUCCAACUUCAGGAUCCAUUUGUGUUAUAUAGAAAUAGUAAAGCAAUAUAUGGUAUAUGGUUCUAUGAUAAAGAUGAAUGUGCCAGGAUUGGCCAGAUGAUUAAUAGCUUUUUACAGGUGGCAAUUGAAAGCCAUACUACGAAAACAGCAUUAAGAAACAGACGAGCUUCUGAAAGUGACACUAUGCAUGACGUUAUGUCUGGGGCAACACGUCAGGUCAACAUUAUGCAGAUGUUAUCAAAAGCUCAAGAUGAAUAUGACAAGUCCAAGAAGAAACCAGAUCCUAAACCUUUCAUAGAUAAUCCUAAUGCAUCAGCUACCAAAUCCUCAGAUCUCAUACGGCCCAGACCUGUGAAGGCAGGAACGGAGGAAUCAGAUGUUGACAGUAAUCAGAAUGCUAGACCAUCAUCUGGGCCUUUGACAUUAGAAACUUUGUUUAGGAAUGCUAGCAUGCAACAGAACCAGGAUCAGAGAAUUAGAAGUCAAACUUCAGUGGUGGAAACAAGCAAACCUCCACCCACUUUUCAUAGAUCUCUGUCAGUGACAGACACACCUAAGAUGGCUACAGAGGAACAGGAAUCACACAAUGUCCCAGCAUUAUUGAGGCACAUUAUGUCUUCUGGAUCAAUGGUGGAGGAUAUAGAAAGACAGCAUCGGGGUGAAAUAACUCUCACAGACACUACACCCUCUUCCUCGUUGCCAAAUGGAGGCUCAUAUAAAAUUCUUUCUAAAUCAAAAUCAAGAGACUUGUCUCAAGGAGAAAGUGACUAUUGUGGUGAACCUGCGAAGUUUUCUUUAUCUGACACAAGCUGUCAGUUUGGAACAAAAAAUGUAACACAAGAUUUGACAGAAAGAUUUGGGGAUGCUGUUACUAUAAAUAGAUUAAGUGAUAAUAAUUUGAGAAGGACAUCCCCAGCCGAGAAUAUUAGUGCUAAUAGACAAUUACAGAGUAGUCUGCAAGGAGUUGGGCGAGUAGGUAGUGCAGAAUUGUUAACUCCUGCAGCAUUAGAAAAGUCAUCUGUGUCAAGUUCUGAAAAGGGCAGUGUUCCAUCAACGAAGCAGCUGACAGCAGCAGCGGCAUCACUCAACUCUGAUGUCUUAUUAUCACCGAUGGCAUUUGUCAGAGGCUCACAAAAAUCUCCAUCAUCAUCAUUAUCAGAUGAGCAAGGAAAACUGAAUAGAAGUAAUGAUUCAGGGUCAUCAGCAGAGGGCAGCACUAGUCAACUUCCUGUUGCAGCUUUAACUAAAGAACAGUUACAGCAGGCAAUUGUACAUCUCAUGAAGACAGAUCCUAGUUUCAUAAAUACAUUACAUGAAGCAUAUUUAAGCAGUCUGAAAGAGCUGUCCAAAUCGUAACACAAGCUACAUGCUUGACUGGUUUACCCCUUCAGGAAGAUCAAGAGAAAUAAAAUCAACAGACCAUGUGAGAAAACUCAUUGUUGAAGAUUGAUGAGUCAGUUGUAUCAUAUCCAUAUGAUUGUUGUGAAAUCAUAGUCAUUCAAUGUAUUAUCUCAGAUGUAACAGAAAAGAUGCUGGUAUUUGUAUUGUUCAAGCAAUAAUUACAAAUCAGUAUUAGACAUGUGUUAUUUUUGUUUCAAUGUGAUAUCUCAUGAUAUUUUGUUAUAAAUACAAUUGUUAGUAUAUGAUGGUAAAAAUAUUAAUUGUCAUGUGAAAAAUUGUAAGAAAAGAGCAAAGUAAAAAAGCAAAUAUUGAAGAUCUCAAGAAAAAGCAAUGUUGACGGUGUUCUAUAAAUAGAUAUGACAUUGUUUACACAUACAAUGUUACAAUCAAUCAUAGUGACACAUUAUUGUAUGUAAUACAAUUCACAAAUCUUGACUGAAUAUCAUUUAGAACAUGUUUAAUUUAGAUUGAAUACCUGAUGUAUAAGUUGCCAUGUAAUAUUAUAUUUUUAGCUUCAUACUGUAAAAUUAUGGCUUGAGCGUAAUAUCUUUUCUUACAAGGAAAUAUUUGCAGCUGUAAUUCAUGUAAUUAUAGUACAAGACAGAAUUUGCAACACAAAUAUAUUUUAAAUAAUUUUGAACUUAAGGUAUUUUGCCAAAAAUUAGUUAAUUAUUUUGGCAUUAGAGACAGUAUAAUAACUGUCCUAUUUGCUUUGGUUUUAUUUGCCUUAGAUAUGAAAAAUAUUUUGGACACUUAUAUAAAUCAAUGAUAUGGUUGUGUUUUUGAAUUAAUUUGAUUAAUGAAUCGUUUCAUUACAACAUAUUUAAAACCAAAGAAGACAUUUCAAAACUUGAAGUCAUUGAUUGUACUCCUUAGUUCUAUAUAUGUAUUAAUGAAACACUUGUAUUUGUGACUCAUAUUUUUUUCAUUCAUGUAUCCUGCUUCACAGAAGCUAGUAUAACUUAACAUCAAUCAUUAAUCCUAUCCAAACUUCAAAGUAUUAUCUAUCGUAAAUCAUAAGAACCUUCUCUGAAUUUGUAGCCAAGCAUUCAUGGUUGUAAAAAUAUGUAAUUUAUUUCCUCAGUCUGUGUUAAUUGAAAAAAAUGUUAAACUGAUUAUAUAAGGGAGAUAACAAAACAUUGCCUUCUGGUGAGGGAAAUUAUAAAUUGUCUCCCUUAGGUAAUUUGACUGAUAUCAGAAGAGUUAUUUGCCCUUUCAGAUAUGUGAUAAUCAUGAUUGUGUGAAUAGCAUGGUGACCUACAUAUCCCUCUUCACAAUCAAACGUCAUAGUGGACAAUAAAUACAUUGUGUUCUUUAGAAGUGUAUCUUUAGUGUUUCAAGAUCAAUGAAAAUGCUAUAAACUAUUUGCAAAUAUUUGAUCAUUUUGUAAUUUAAACUAGUCACUGCUUAAUGCCAAAUUUUGUAUAGUUGUAAGAAUCAUUUGUAAAUAUUUCCCAUCAAUAUAUUCCUUAUUAUUUAGUGAGGAACGAGUGAAUUUUGCUUCUAUGUGAAAAAUAAGACACAUUGGCAAGAAUGUUUAAACAUAAGUGAUGAUGUAAAAUUUCGUACUGAAGGUUCUCUCCGGACUCCAGCUUUAUCCACCAAUAAAAACUGACCACCAUGAAAUAGCACAAUAGUGUUGAUCUUUAUGCUAUUUACGGUAUUUUCAAUAAAGGCUAUUCCAUUAAAAUAAAUGUGGUGGGAUGGAAAAGAAGAUUGAUUUUUGGACACAGGUCAUGGCCAAUUUAUGGUUGUAUGUCCAUUUAUUGAAUGCAAACCGUCUCCAGAAUGUAUAUUGUUUAUUCAGGGAUUUGUAAGUUCCUCUUAAUCCAUCCAAUCUUUUUAAUUUUAAUUUGACUUUCAUUUUAUCACUUCUACAGAUAUUAAUUGCUAAAUGUUUGUUACUUUUAUGAUACUGCCUUAUUUCUUUAUGUAAGAUUUAAAGAUGUUUUAAGUAUAUAUAUAAAUAUAUCAGUGAGUAUUUUACAUCCUGAAGAAAGGAACUUUAGGGAAAUGAAAAAUUAGCAGUGAAAUUAAUCCUCCCACUCCUCUCCACAGAAAGCAGAUAAAAAUAUAAUUUCUAUUAUAAAAUUUCUUAUCUCUGCAUAUAGUGGAUUUGCUCUCAGUAUGCGUUUUGCUCAUUGUUGAAGGUCACACCGUGACCUAUUGUUGCUAACCUUCUACAUCAUUUUUGUCUUUGGUGGAGAGUUGUCUCAUUGGCAAUCAUUCCACAUCUUCUUAUUUUUACAUUUUAUUGUUUUUUAAGUAUUGUUGACUUGUAAAAUUAUCUCAGGGUCACUGCAUUUGAAAUUUAGGAAUAUAAAUAAUCCUUUUCAUGUAUGAACUUUGACCUGUAUGUGCAUUAGACUAUUAUGGUGCAUUUUAUUUUUACAGUGACCAAGCUUAUUAACACAACAUAUCCUUUAUUAUUUUUAUUGAUUCUCAAAUAUUAAAUAAAAAAUAUGAAAACUAUUUUCACAAAAAAUCUAAGGAAAAAAAUAUAAGAAUAGUCUAAAAGAUUUUUUGUGAAAAGAGCAACUGUAUUUUUCUGACAGUUUAGAGAUUAUAGAGGUUGAACAAAUAUUGACAUCAUCAAUUAUAUUCUCGCACAACAAAUGUACAUUCUAAAUUGAAUUCAAUCAUCAGAGUGUUCAAAAUUUACCAAGAGUUAACAUACAUUGUUGGAAGAAUACAUAUUCUGUUAUGCAGAACAGCCAGUCUCUCCUUGUUGUAUUUUGAUGUACUAAGUUUAAGUUACACGCAAUGAAGUAAAGGAGUUCAUUGAAGGAAUUAUUAAUAAUAUGCUUUCUUCACAUAUUUGAUUGUUGUCAUUCAAUAGAUCCCUGUAUAGCAUGUCAAUCAUUACAUACACAUACUUAUCAAUAACUUUGUGUAUGUCAACAUAGAGAAAUGUGUAUUUUACUUUUUAUCAUAAAUUAUUUAGUGUAUUUUUUAAAAGGCAUUAAAUGCUAUUUGUAUGAAAGGUGAUGAUGGUCAAGACUAGACGAUAACAUACAGAUACAUUAAUCUUUUGCUUUGUUCUCAUGUACAAUAAUAUGUAAGGAGCAAGUUACAUAACAUUUUGGAUAUUCGAUAGAAUUUUCAGUACAGUAUGCUUCAUCAUAUGUGUUGAUUUGUGUAUAUUAUGAUGCUUCAUAUGUGUUGAUUUGUGUUUCUCAUGCUGUAUUGAAUGUGUAUAUGUGUCUGUUUUCAGUAAUGUGUGAUAUCAAUAGUUUUGUUUGUGUCGUGACAGUUUACAUGUGCAAGGGAAUUCAAUCAGUUGAAUUUCUUUUUCAUCAUUUAUAAUAAUUGGCCUGUGGCUUUAUUUCUUCUUAAGUGACAGUGUUUGAAUAACAAGAUAAUUUAUUUUAUAUGGCCUUAGUAUCCAAAAGCAACAGUUUCCACAAACUGAAAAAUUGCCUCCCUGAAUAUAAUGAAUCUGAAUUAAGUUACUUCCUGUGAAUGCUGGUUAUGUGUGUUAGAUUUGUACAUUUAGGUUGUAUGAUCAAUGUCAUAUUAUGUUUUAACCCUUUACCAAUAUCCCUUUGUGGACCUCUACGGGAUAUUUAUUACUGUGGUAGAUACAACAUCAUACACAUUUUGAAUAAGUUUUGUCAACUAUUACUGUCUCUUUUUAUUGAUUUACCUGUUAAAACUAUACUUCUGUCACCAACCAAAACUUCCAAAUGGUUUUGUUAAACUGGGUUUCACUGUAUUAGAUGACUUUAGCUUAUAUGUUUAUCAUUUUCAAGCAGCUUUAAUACAUUUUUUAUGAGUAAUGUGAUAAAGGUCAGUGAUGUGUUCAAAACUUUCAAUUUGUCAACAAAUGAAGUUCGAACAAAGUGGUAAUGUUUUCUUUUAAAGAAUUCUGACAUUGAAGUGAUGCAAGAGCUUAUUUGACCUUUGAACUUUGUGGGUAUUCAUUGUAUUAAGCUAUUAAUAUAUAGCCAGAUAAAAUCUGAGAAUAGGCAGAAAACUUUGUAUGAUGAUGAUCAGAGGAGUAUGGCUGUUUUCAAAAUGAGUCCAUAUUAAAUGUGUUGUGAUAGUGUAUGAAAAAGUGUGUGACUGUUGAAGUUUGUAUGUGUUUUGUUGAGUGGAAUGUAUUUUUGAAGAAUGAUUAAAGAACAGCAGCCCCUCUCUUACCCUACAGUUCACAC